GAACACCCCGAAACGCUACAACAUCAUGGCCUUCAACAGCGCCGACAGAGUGAGCCUGAGCACCUGGGCACAGGCGCGGAUGGAGCGGGACAUGAGCAACAAGCGCAUCUACGCCGAGGAGGAGCUGCCCGAGUCGGGCGCGGGGAGCGAGUUCCACCGGCGGCUGCGCGAGGAAGCGCGGAGGAAAAAAUACGGGAUCGUGCUGCGGGAAUUCCGGGCCGAGGAUCAGCCCUGGCUGCUCAGGGUCAACGGGAAAGGCGGCAGGAGGUUUCGGGGUGUGAAGAAGGGGGGUGUCACCGAGAACGCCUCCUAUUACAUCUUCACGCAAUGCCCCGACGGCGCCUUCGAGGCUUUCCCGGUCAGGAACUGGUUCAACUUCACCCCCCUGGCCCGGCACCGCACCCUGACGGCCGAGGAGGCCGAGGAGGAGUGGGAGAGGUGACCCCAA